AUGCGAGAAAUUUUAUAUAAAAUUAUUGUCGGACUAUUUUUGCUCCAUGCGGUAUCAGGAAACCAAAAUGAAGGGAGAUCCACUAACACAUCUGGGGAAAAAUUAUCUACGACUCGCAUGGCUAGUUUUUAUGGGCCGACUUAUAAGCUAGUGCCGGAAAAUUUAACGAGAGAACGAAAAAAAAAUGUUGAUAGGCAACGUGGAUUCCAAAAACACAUCAAAUCAUGGCUCAAUCCUCUGCAUGGAGAUAUAGCAAAUUUAGAUACGCCAGUUUACUCAGUUAGAAGUGCUCGUAGUAGAUAUCGGCCUCAUAUUGAAGAACAUCCUAACGUAAUACGUCACAUAAUGUCAAAUUUGUAUGAUGAUAUAGCGCAUGCUUCUGCGUUGGAAGUUAAUAAAGCUAAUGACCGCACGAAACCGACCACCGGUUAUCAAAGACCCACGCCUCAUAUUACCGGACACCGAAUGAGAUAUGUCCCCAAACGAAUUAAUAGGUACUCAAGAUCUACUUCUAAUAGUUUUAAUACUAAUAGUACUUUCUAUAGAGAAAACUAUAAUUUAGUCAGAACUGACAGAAACAAUAGCAGUCAUAUACCGCUGACAGAAAAAAAAAGAUCAGAACCUCCAAAAAUAAUAUACCCAGAAAUAUUAGUGAUAGUCGAUUACUCAUAUUACAAAUUAUUUAAUCGCAGUGUUUGGGCAUUGGUUCCAUAUCUUUUAGCAUUUUUCAACGGCGUCGAUAUGAGAUUCCGAGGCUUAAACAAACCCAAAGUCAGAUUAAAUAUUGCUGGUAUUCUUAUUGCUGAGGAUCCAAAAGCCCUUUCAUAUAUGAGAUCAAAUGUUCGAGGACAUCGAAACUUGUAUGUUGCAGGAGCAAUUGAGAACAAAAAAUCAUGGUUAUAUUUACAAAAAUAUCAAAUUCCUUUGGAUAGCUAUGACAUAGCUAUUACACUGACUUCACACGAAUUACAACUAGAAGAUCUCGAUGAAGACGUUCAUCAAGUUAAAUUGAAAGGUAUUGCUACAAAACAAGGAGCUUGUAUGAUAGAUAACUAUUUUGGAUUAGUACUUGAAACGGCAAUUGUUAAUGACUUGGGUGCUUAUGACGGAAUUAUGGCAGCUGCUCACGAAAUAGGACAUUUGCUGGGAGCGGAUCAUGAUAAUGACAAUAAAUCUUGCGCCCCUUAUCUUGGCUAUGUUAUGAGCCCAUACUUGGCUUAUAAGACAACGUCGUGGAAUUGGUCAUCAUGUUCACGAUUGAAUUUCCGAGAUUUCUUGGGAUCGGGAAAAAGUACAUGUUUGCACAAUAAACCAAAAGGAGGUAUAGAAAUACCAAGACUAUUACCGGGAAAAUUAAUGGACGCAAACGAACAGUGUAAAAUGUUAGGGAGCUUAUCAGCUGCCGAGCUUGAUGACUUAAUGUGUACAGAUUUAGUUUGUAAUGAAAAUGAAAACGCGACGGUUGAACGAUAUUAUCGUUUUGGUGCUGCUGAUGGAACUAAGUGUGGCAUUGGUAAAAUUUGUCUUCAUGGAUCAUGUAUUUAUGAAAAUGAAGUAUCUUAUUGA